AUGUCCACGGACGAUGAACGCCAUUGUGCUGAUAAUCCCCCGCAUCCUUCCCGUCCGGUUUCGUAUCAGCCGACCAUCCUCGAUCUGCCCCCGGGUGAGCGGCCACGGGAGCGCCUGCGCGAACACGGGCCCCGUUACCUCAACAACGCCGAACUCAUCGCAAUCCUCCUACGGUCCGGGAUCGCCGGCGAAAACGCGCUCAGCCUGGCUACCCGUGUCAUCGCCGAGUUCGACGGGCUUGCCGGCCUUGCCCGGGCCGGCCAUGCCGAACUCUGUGACCUGCGGGGUCUGAGCGAUGCCAAAUCGUGCGAGAUCAUGGCUGCCCUGGAACUGGGCCGCCGGAUCGCUUCUCUGGCUCCCGCAGAGCGGUCACAGAUUUCCUGCCCCCGGGACGCCGCCAACCUCGUCUCCGCGGAACUGGAAUUGCAGGCCCAGGAGAACCUCGUCGUCCUGCUGCUGAACACGCGCAAUCAGGUCGUGGCCCGACGCACCAUUUACAUCGGCACCGUGAAUAGUAGUGCCGUGCGGCCCGCCGAGGUUCUGCGGCCCGCCAUACGGGAAAACGCUCCGUCCAUCAUCGUGGUUCACAACCAUCCCUCCGGCGAUCCAACUCCCAGCCCGGAGGAUGUGUCGGUAACUCGGGAUCUUGCCGCUGCCGGCAAGCUCAUGGACAUCGAACUGCUCGAUCAUCUGGUCAUCGGCCACGGCGGCCGUUUCACCAGCCUGAAGGAAAAACGAUUGGGUUUCGAAACAACCUGA